AUGAGCACUGGUGAAGACUCCGCAGCAGUUACAGCACCCGCUGCAGCUGGUGCUGCUGCAGUAUCGACUUCGUCACAGCAGCCUGUAGCAGCCUCAAUGCCUUUUGACGCGCGUCCUUCGGCAGCAUCCGCGGUAGCAUCUGCGGCGGGAGCAACUGUGGCAGCCAAGACCGCUACGCAAGCGGCUGCUGCAAGGGCUGCUGCAGACUCUGCUGCGGAAGCAGCAGCUGCUGCUCAAGGCUUUGUUGCAGUUUCAGGGAUGCGUCAGGCCUCUGGCUUAACUGCUCCAAUUGAGGCAUCCGAAACGGGAGGCGGAGAUGGCGGAGAACGGCUCUCCGCGCAACGUCUCACUGCUGGAGAAGAAGCAGCGACAGUUGCGGCGAGAGCAGCUGCAGACGCAGCAGCCGCAGCUGCAGAAGCAACUUCCGCUGCAGCAGCAGUGGCAGAGGCCGCCUCCUUCGACCCCGACCAGCCGGUGGCUUCUCAGCUGGAGGAGUUCGUGAUCUCUCAAGGAAUGCGUGUAGCUAUCGCCCUCGAGGCUGCAGCAACAGCCGCAGCCGCUGCUGCUGUCGCUGCGGGGCAUGCAGCGGCAGAAGCAACGCGCCAAGCCACAGAAACGUCAAGCAGUGCCAUCGCCAAAGCUGCGCAGAGGUGCCACGAGGCGGCCGCUUCUGCCUGUGCGUCGGCUUCCGCUGCUUUCGCAGCAGCGGCCGCUUCUGCUGCGGAUUCUGUUGCUGCAACGGCUGCUGCUGCGCGCGCAGCUCUUGCAGAUGCCACUGGGGGGGUGGCGCAAAGACUUGUCGACACAGCAAAAGCCGUGGAGGACGCGAUUGCUGUCAGAACAGCCGCUUUGGAAAACGCCUUCUUGGGGAGAACCGCAGCGGAUUCGGAGAGCAGCGACAGCAUGAUGCAGAGCCGCAGCAGCAGAAGCAGCAGCUUCAGGUAUGGCAUACGCAGCAGCACGCCCAGGCUGUCGCAUACCAGCAGCAGCAGAGGCAGCGGGUUCGAUGGUCGUAGACUGCGAAGGGAUCGCAGUUCUCUUCUGCAAGGGUUUUCUUCGUAUUUCGAGCGAGAAGGCAGCCAGGGGGGUGCUGCUCCAGGCGGUUUCUUUCCAUACCACAGCGAGACUUCAGGUGUCUUGGCAGGAGCAGACGCAGGAGCUUCUGCAGGCUUACCACGGGGAGAGGCAGUGGUGGCUGCAUUACUCGCAGACUCUGGUGAUAAAACUGCUCCACGAUUCCUCCAGCCUCGCCAGGCUGGUAAUUUAGACAUCGAUGCCAGUGCAUCGUCAGAUUCGCGGAGUGAGGCACUCCCGCUGCAGCCUCCUGCUCUGGUAGCAACGCAGGCAGCAGCAAGCGAAUUCCUUGGAGAGGACAGCGUGGAUGCCAUUGUGGCCGCUGCAGCUGCGGAAGCCGCUGCGUAUGAGGCACUUGCUCAGCAGCAGCUGCAGCAACAACACGAAGCGAACGGCUCCUUUAGCAGAUCCUUGUCACUCGUUCAUGCAGCCUUACCGCCAUCCACAGCAGCCCACGCAGACAUGGGUGCAGAUGAAGAGGAGGCACCAGGGCAGCAGAAACUGAUGCAACUUCAAGGCACCCAUAGCUCAUCAGCAAAAAAGAGAGCAGUUGCGGCAAUGAACGCAGCUGGCAACACGAUCCCUAUUCUGGCGAUGCAAUAUCAUCUUCUCCGAGCAGAAGGUCGCUGCUUAAAAUUGACUUUGUUGGCGAAAGGAACGGCAACAAAGGCAGCGGCAGCAUCAAUGCGAGCGGCAGCGGCGAUGCAUCUGCCUUGGAGUUAUCGCUGGAAAGCUUUAUCGAGCACUGCAAUGCCAGUGACGAUCUCUGCGGCACCAGGAGGGGCACCCACUGUGGAGUUCGAGUGCCUCUGCGUUUCAGCACUCAUCAGAGCUUCCGACGCGGCAGAGCAAGACGACGAGGACGAAGCAGUGACACUUGCCGCAGUCUUCAUCGGGCAGGCGCUGUUGGCUAGUCCUUAUUUUUCGCUGCCCUCUAUUGCCUUGCAGCAGCAGGGUAGCAGCAGCAGCACAGCCAGCUUUUGGGGUGGGAACGAGGAAACAGUGAAACAGCUGCUCCUGCGACUUCCCUUUGCGUGUAUCUCGAUUGCAGAUUUGAUGUCUCUUUUGCCCAGCAUCGGCGAUCCACGUGUGCAUGGGCGAAUAGGCGGCCUUGAGGCAACUGCAAGUGCGCUUCAAGACUCGCUGAGCUUUAAUCUUUUUGUUGAAGUGCUGCAGCAAGUUCAGCAGCAGAAUCUGCUGCCCACCUUGCUGCUGCUGCGCAUUGUGGGCUACAGCAACGCGGACCUGAGAAAAUCCCUGUCUCCUCAGCAGCAGCGCAGGGUUUGGCAGUUGCAGCAGCAAGCUGCCGAGGGGAAAUGGGUGCCACAGAAUGCAGCCGCUGCUGCAUUUGCUGCUACUCACCUUGAAACAGAGGGGGCUCAGGAGGAUUGUGCAACCGACAGAAGCGCUAGCUCCAGCAAGAUCGGCAGAAGGAAAAAAAAAUGGGCUCAGAGGCCCCUGUAUGUGCCCCCUUUGCAGCUGCAGAGAAGUCUGAGAACCCUCUGCAGACUGCUGCCACAGUUGCGGCGCUUAGAGCUUCUCCAUCCUCAAGCGGCGGCAACGGCACCAACGCAGGCAGGGGCAGCUCCAGCCUUCUCGCGGCUGCACCGGCUCAUUGCAUACGUGAGCCCCUUCUCCGUCUUAGCGGAGUCUUUAGGCUUCCAGCUGCUGAGUAUUAAAAUAACGGAGCUGCUUCAGUGUUGCGCCUGCUGCUGCUCUGGGUGGUGCUCCGCCUCCAAGCUGUGCAGCAGCCACGGCAUGCACUGCACUGAGGCAAGCGGCGGCAUGCGACGCAUCAACGGGUCUGGAGUUAGUGGCAUUGACAGCAGCAGCAGCGUGGAUAGCAGUGCGGAGAGCAGCGAGGAUAGUGGCAAGGAACAGCAGUGUUCCUCUGUCAAGAGUACUACUGCUGCUGCGGCCUACUCCGAGUCCGAAUUCGCUGGGUCCACUGGAUUUCAUAAGAAGCCUGUGCAGAUCACAACACGUAAACAAAAGGCAACAUUUACUGAAGACCGUGCAGAAGAAAUACGCAUCGAACAACAAACUCUCGAAUCUUCUCGCUUCGGCCACGGUGGUGCCCCUAUGGCUUCCCCCACUGGGCUAUUAAAUACGGACUUAUUUGAGGCAUAUGCGUGUGUCGGUUUGAACCCGUGCGAUAUUGCUGCGCCAAACAAAUCAUCGAGAGACACUGGCAGAGAGAGGUGGCAGCAGGGGGGACAGGCAACUGCGCAAGUCUCUAUCCGUAAGGAAGAAUCUAGUGGUGGCAAGGAAGAGAGCUGCAGAAAAGCUGGCGUUGGAUGUGCUACUAGACGUCGCUCGCCACUUGGGCGUUGCUUCUUCCCUCCCCUCUUUGCCCUUGGUCUGUACUACACGAACAAGACUGAUGGAAAGAGAAGGCGGCUAGUAGUCUACAGCAGCCGAUACGCAGUACGGGGGAAUGAACGCAGAAGAAGUAAGCAGGCAGCAGCAAAAGGCGACACCUCAGGGAGGGACCCAAUUCAAAAGAGUAUGGAAAACUGCACUAUGCCUAGGAAAUACGCAAGAGAGAAGUAG